CAACGACAGCAUCUCUCACGAUCCUCGAUACAAUAAUUGUGAAGUCUGCUACUGUAGGGUGAUAUUCGAGAUUAAAUUUCAACAGUAAUCCUCGGAAGUUGUCAAGCUGCUGACGCUAUCCAACGAGCCUGCUUUUCGUACAAACGAGCAGCUUGAACAUUGCAAUCUGCAUUCUAUAGCGGACUCGUAGAUCUAUUGGAAUGGCUCGCGUUGCCCGCCAUCUCUCACCCCUCCAUUCCAAGGGUAUCCUGACGUUAAGCCUAUUACUUUUGGCCGAGUCGGUCUCCUUUGUCAAUGCCGUUUCCUUGUGGAGUUCCCCCAAGACUUCUUCAGAUGGCGGUAGCAAAGGCAAAUUCUUCGACGGUGCCGGUGCGCACGAUACGUCCGGGUGCAAUCCUCUCUCCGGAUCUUGUCCUUCAGUGGAUAGCAACCUCCCGCUGAGUCGUUUGUUUUCUCGCAAGCCUCUCGGACAGCGCGUCUCAUCUAUCAAACGCCUUGCCGAAGAUUGUUGUGCCGAGUGCUCCAAUUGUAUGGACGCCAAGACUGCCGCUAGACAGUGUGCGAACAUGCCUAGGGGAGGACACGCAGGACAUGGACAUGGGGUUGUAGACCAUCUCACCCAUGCAGGCGUUACUCCAUACGGAAUUCCCCUCAAUGCUUGGAAAGUAAUUUUUCAAGCCAUUCUCACUGCUAUCAAUGUCAUCUGUUGGUUGGUUCCGUUACGUUCGAAAAAGAUGUCGGAAAACAAGCUGGCUCUCAGUCUGGCCAACGCCUUCUCUGGCGGAGUCUUUUUGUCCCUUGCUUUUGGGCAUUUGAUCCCCGAGUGCAUUCACGGCUUUGAGGCCAGCACGUACGCAGAAACGACGCCAUUUAUGCUGGUCCUUGCGGGAUACUUGCUCAUCUUCUUUGUGGAAAAGGUUGCCUUUGACGCCCACGAUAUUCUACACGAAAUGCAAGGUGACGAUCACCACCACCAUAAACAUCCUGAUGGUCACAAACAUAAAGACAAAAAGAGCAGCGGCGGUACUGAGGCCGCAUCGUCUUUGUCUAGUGGACGCAGUGCCGUUAUUUUGCUGGGAGCCUUGGCCGUCCACAGCAUUCUCGAAAUGAUGGCACUCGGUCUGGCCGAUACUUUUGGUGAUUGCGCACUUUUAACCAUGAGCAUUAGUCUACACCAACCGGCCGAAUCAAUCGCACUCCUCGUUGCCUUUUUAAAGUCAGGUGUGCCCGAGGCGCAAAUAAUUCAAUAUUUGUCCAUAUUCUCAUGCAUGGGUCCGAUUGGUGUUGCCUUGGGUAUGGCAGUCAACGAAUUCGCUGCACCCAUUGUGGAUUCCAUGAUGUUAGCCGUUGUUGCCGGAACCUUCGUGUACGUGGGUGCGACCGAAGUGAUCCCGGAAGAGUGGGAAGACUCGACACACAAAUGGAAAAAGUUCGCGGCUCUGAUGAGUGGUAUUGUAUCCAUUUUUGUGAUUACGCAAUACACAAUGUCGCUAGGUGGGCAUUCGCACUAGCUGUAAGAGCAAACAUCUUUGGUGAGCUACUACUAACCUUAAUAGUACUAAGGAGAAAGUCUUUUUGC